GCGACAGUCGAUAUAUCCAUUGUAUAUUUCUGGGCGCAAUUCAAGUUCGACUUUUGUAUGUACAUUUGAUUAUUAGCCAUGGAGUCGCGCCAAUUGCACUCAGCCGUGUUUGGCCUGUGCGGCUUCGAGGAUGAGACCCUGGUGGAGAUCUCCGGGCCGGGGAACAGCGGCAAGAGCCUGGUGCUCCAGCAGCUGAUGGCCCACUGCUUGGCGCCCUACGAAUUCGGUGGCCGCCAGUGGGGCGUCCUCCUGAUCAACCUGAGCCACAAGAUCAACCGGGAGUCCCUCACGAAGUGCAUCAAAACGGAGCUGCAGGCGUUUUUCGAAAGAACGGAAGCAGGCGAAUCCCUGCCGGAGGCGGAGCUGGCGAGGAUUGCCGCCGAAUGCAUGGGUCGGGUGCGAUUCCUCAACUGUUUCUCCACCGAAGACGUUGCCACUGCCCUGAUCGACGCCCGCUACGCGGUCGUCGAUGAUCCCGACGUGCAACUGGUUGCCCUCGACACACUCGGCGAAUUCUACUGGCUGGACUUCCACAAGAGAACCGAGCAUUUGUCCAUGAUCCAGUACUGUAGCGAGUGGCAGGCGCGUCUGGAGAAGCUCUGCAAGGAGGCCAUCGUCUGCGGCAUGUACACGGUGAACUCUGCCCACCUGGAGAACCUAAGUGAGCAGAGUGAACUACUGCCGGAGGUCAAAAUAAAGUACCCCGUGAGGAUGGAGAAGAUUCAAGGGAGCCUCACUCUAAAUGGAUUGCCCCUGGUCUUUGGUAAUGGUGGGGCCAAGUUAGCUAGCCAACAAGUAAGCGGAUAAGGCACAAAUUGCUCACUGUUUCUCAUAAACAAUAACUCACUAACGAUGCCCGCAAAUAAGAUGUAUAAAUAACCACUAUAACGAUUUACUCGAAUUACUUACCUAACGUAACAUAUGUAGAAAGUUGUCAAGGAAGCGAUUGAAUAUUGGUGUUCAAGGUGUUCAGAGACCUCAAAUUAUUUGCCUCUUUUCUGAAUAUCAUUUGAAAAGGAGUUCCUUUAGAUAACUACAUAUUUUAUUAGCUCAUAUUUCAACUAAUGUCAAGGUCUGUAAACUACUCAAGCUAGAGAAAUUAUAAAAACGUACUAUUAUGUUGAAAUACUACUGCUACUAGCUGCUUCGUUACUGCCUUGAUUUUUCUCCAGUUAUCCCCUGAAGCUUAAGAAAAGAAAAGCUCGCCUUAUGACUUAUUCCAUUCAGUAAUAUAUUUAAUAUUAUAUAUCAGUAAUAUUAUCUUAAUUAAAAAAAAUACAACAGUUCUUUAAAAUUGUGUUGAAACCUUCACUAUUUUCUUUUUGUUUUUAAGAAGGCCAACCCUACCAGAAUUAUACUUAGAACUAAUGAUUUCUAAAAGCUAUACAUAAGUAAGGUGGUUUUGUUUAGCAGUUUCUUUUCUUAGCGUUUUAAGAAGCAAUAUGUUUUGCAAUCUAAAAGGGCUUUUAAAGUUAUUCGACAAUUUAGUUUGGUAGUGCUUAAAAGCCGGUAAAAUAGUAAAAAUUUUUAAAUAGAAUCAUUAAUUUAAAUGUAAUUUCAAUAAAUAAUUAUUUGUUUAAA